GAGACGCCAGGCCCCGAGGAGCCGCCGCGCCGCAGGAAGUUGAGGGAUCCCGAUCUCGAUCCCGAGUGCGCUUUGGAGAGACAACACCCCCUAGGCCCCCCCCCGCGCUUCGGGAGGAGCUGACAACAUGGCUUCCCCGCCGCACCAGCAGCUGCUGCAUCACCACAGCACCGAGGUGAGCUGCGACCCCAGCGGAGACAGCAACAGCGUGACGGUCAGAAUCAACCCGAAGCAGCACCAGGGCUGCAUCUCUGCCAAGCACUGCAAGUACAGCAUCUCCUCCAGCUGCAGCAGCUCCGGGGAGUCGGCAGGCCCCCGCCGGGCAGCUGGAGGAGGGGCAAGCGGUGGCUCUGGCCUCCGCAGGCAGAAGAAGGUGCCUCAGCUCUUUGAGAGGGCCUCGUCCAAGUGGUGGAACCCCAAGUUCGACUCCAACAACCUGGAGGAGGCUUGUAUGGAGAGGUGCUUCCCCCAGACACAGCGCCGGUUUCGCUAUGCCCUCUUCUACAUUGGGGUGGCCUGCCUGGUCUGGGGUAUCUAUUUCAGCAUCCACAUGCAAGAGAAAUUAAUGGUCUUCACAGUGCCAGCUCUGGGUUUCCUUUUGGUCUGCAUAGCAUUUUUUAUGUUCACCUUCACUCAGACUUAUGCUCGCCAUUAUGUUUGGACCUCACUGAUCCUCACUCUCUUGGUUUUUACUUUGACUCUGGCUCCUCAGUUUCAAGCUCUGACAACUCUCUCAGGGAGAGAUGACGUGUCCAAUCAUACUUCUCUUGUAAGAGCGGCAGAUGCUUCUCUUUCUCAAGUAGGCAGUUUUUCUAUGUGUAUUGAAGUGCUCUUGUUGCUCUACACAGUGAUGCACUUACCCUUGUAUUUAAGCUUGUUCCUUGGGUUGUUGUACUCAGUCCUUUUUGAAACCUUUGGUUAUCAUUUCCGUGUUGAAUAUAAUUUUACGCCCAUUGAAGCCAAUGCAGCUUAUUGGGAGCAGUUGAUGAGUAAAACCUUGCUUCACAUUUGCAUUCAUGCUAUUGGCAUUCAUUUAUUUAUCAUGUCUGAAGUCAGAUCAAGGAGCACAUUCCUGAAAGUGGGGCAGUCGAUCAUGCAUGGAAAAGACUUGGAAGUAGAGAAAGCCCUGAAAGAGAGGAUGAUUCAUUCUGUAAUGCCAAGGAUAAUAGCUGAUGACUUAAUGAAACAGGGGGAUGAUGAAAGUGAGAACUCCGUUAAACGUCAUUCCACCUCAAGUCCCAAAAGCAGAAAGAAAAAACCUUCCAUACAGAAAACUCCCAUUAUUUUCCGUCCUUUUAAAAUGCAGCAGAUAGAGCAAGUGAGUAUUUUGUUUGCAGAUAUUGUUGGCUUCACUAAAAUGAGUGCAAACAAAUCUGCCCAUGCUCUGGUGGGGCUUUUGAACGACCUAUUUGGCCGCUUUGACCGUUUGUGUGAGGAUACAAAAUGUGAGAAGAUAAGUACUUUGGGAGACUGUUACUACUGUGUAGCCGGAUGUCCAGAGCCCCGAGCAGAUCAUGCCUAUUGCUGCAUUGAGAUGGGUUUGGGUAUGAUUAAAGCCAUUGAACAGUUUUGCCAAGAGAAAAAAGAAAUGGUGAACAUGAGAGUUGGUGUUCACACUGGGACAGUUCUGUGUGGUAUUUUGGGGAUGAGGAGGUUUAAGUUUGAUGUGUGGUCCAACGAUGUCAACUUGGCCAAUUUAAUGGAGCAGCUGGGGGUUGCUGGAAAAGUCCAUAUUUCAGAAGCUACUGCAAAAUAUUUGGAUGACCGUUAUGAGAUGGAGGAUGGAAAGGUGAUUGAACGAGUUGGCCAGAGUGUGGUAGCCGACCAGUUGAAAGUUUGUAGGGUCGGAAAGGACCUGAGCAGAUCAUCAAGUUCGCCCUGCCAUGGCAGGAAAGAGUACUGGAAAAAGAUUUCAGGUAUAUACAGCAAAUACAGAGGGAAGAAUGGAUCUUUUCACUACCUUUCACUACCUUUGCAGAAACCCUACCCCUCAGACCAGAGCUAAUAAUCAAGGAUGGAUGGCAAGACUAUAAGAAGUGCUUAAGAAGAUUUAGGGAGACAGCAGGGAAGAGGAAGGGGGACAUUCAACAAAGGAAUUGGUGGGGGCAGAAUAGAAGUUGAUUAAAAAAUAAAAUAUCCAAAUCA